GUCAUCCAUUUUUGGAAUAAAACCAACGAGAUGCUCAUAAAAGUGGCCAAGUUCCUGAGCCUUUUCUCGGUUCUCCUUGCAACAGUCGAAGGAGCCAAAUAUUUGGCCGAGAAACCCGACUUCCUUACUCCUUGUGUUGUGGGCGAUGCCAGCUUCAAUGGCUGUCUGACCAGCAAUUUCCAGACUUUCUUCCGUCAGUGGAAGGAUGGCAUACCUGGCAACAAUGCUGUGGGAUCCUUUGAUCCCCUCUAUAUCAAGAGAGUUAAGUUCGCGCAGGAUGCCAACAGGGCUAUAGCCAUUAAUGCCGACCUGAAGGAAGUCUAUGUUGCAGGUGCUGGCCAAGCGGUGGUCAAGGAAGCCAGUUGGGAUCCCAAUCACUAUGUGGCCAAGGCUUUGAUCAACGUUCCUAAGAUGCGAUUCAAUUUCGAUUACAAAGUUAAGGGACAUGUUGUGGCCCUUAACCUCAAUGGACAUGGCACCGGUUAUUUCGAAGCUGAAAAUGCUUUGAUUUUUUUGGAAAUGGCUGUCAAGCCCCUGAGUACACCAGAAGCCAUAUUCGCGGAUGUGCAGAAUGUUAAAGCUUCGUUCCGUGAGAUUAAGCAAUUCCGCAUAAAGCUGGAAAAUCUGUUUGGCGGCAACAAGGAUCUGGAGGACACAGCCCACACUCUUUUCAACGAGAACUGGCGUGAUUUCUAUGAGGUCCUGCGUCCUGCUGUGGAGCAAACUGUUAGCGGUGUGCUCUUGGAUCGAUUCAAGAAGACAUUUAUAUAUGUGCCAGCCACGUAUUUGAUCAAAGAUUUCCACUAA